AUGGAUGGAUUAUACCAUGUCAUUCAAAAUAUUAAAACUUUCUAUGAUACAAUAAACCCAGCAACAUUAUCAGGAGCAAUUGAUGUUGUCGUCGUUGAGCAACCGGACGGCACGUUCAAAUCUACACCUUUUCAUGUACGCUUUGGUAAAUAUGGAGUGUUCAAUCAUAGUAAUAAGUAUGUUGAUAUUACAAUUAAUGGUGAAGAGAUUAAUCUGAAAAUGAAGCUCGGUGACUCAGGAGUUGCUUAUUUCGUUGAAGAAUGCGAAGGAGGCGCUCCAGAGUAUAUGAUAACUUCUCCUUUUCCCGAAACCAUUCUUCCCCAGAAAGAACAUGAUGUUCAGAGGGUUCUUGAUGCUAGCGUGAAAAAGCUCGAAGAGUCACAACCGAGAAUUCGCAGAAAUUCUUUAGAUGACAAUCAACUUAGUGCUUCUUUCGACGCGAGUAGAGAUGUCCACGAUUUCUCACACCGACAAUCAAAUGAAGAGCAAUCCCUAUCAGAAGUUCAACUACGAUUGCGCAGUAUGCCCUUCCCCUCUUCUGUAUUUAGUAAUAGGAAGUACCGCUCAUUGCCUGAUUUAUCUUCUAUUUGCAACGAUCCCAAUGAUUGUCUUCAUUCAGGAGGAAAGUGCGAGAAACAAACUCAAUCUUCUCUCAAAAGGCAUCGCUUUCCUCAUUCCAAGUCACAAGCUUUCGACAAAAAACUCAUCAAUGAUUGUUCUUUCGAGUCUGAUGACAUCUUCAGAAGAUCUUUCGGCCGAAGAAAAAAGAGUAAGAAGGAAGAGUCCGCACCGAUUGAUAUUAAAGUUAAUAAUGAUAGUGACAGCGAGUUAGAUUCUUCUCUAUCUUCGUCAACAGUGUCUACCCCCUCUCCUUCUCUGUUGGAUGCUAGAGAUGUAGCUGAUGGUGCUCUUUCCGACUCUGAAGUCGACAGACACAGGAAAAAUGAAACGCACGAGAAUGACGUUACCGAUUGGAAAUGGGGACAACUACCCGAAACUAAAGAAAACAAACGCCUCGAUGAGAAAGCCCAAAAACCUAAGAAAGAAUCAUUAGGAUGGACAGGAUGGCUACCAUGGAGGUCUCGAACAGCUAGAUCUCCAUCACCAACUGAGGAAGGCAUUACAUUAGAUGAACUGAGCAAAGUAACCAGUGAUCCUGUUAAAAUUCAAAAAUAUCUCGGGAAAACUAAAAGUGGCAGCAUGAGUAUUGAUAGUGGUCAUGCUUCUCGUGGUGCUUCUCAUCCGGCUAGUCCUGUAACGAAGAGCGAAGAUUUGGAUUUCCUAGAUGAAACGACACCAACGCAAGAAAUCGCGAAUUGUUCGAUAAACUCUAGUGAGAAGUUAGAUGAUAGUCGUGGGCGCAUGAGAAAUAGCAGUGGCCCUCGAAGUGUGUCUUCUUCGGAUGAUAUCUUUGAAGAUGAUUUGGAAUCUAUCGAAGGGCAAGAUGGAAAAACAUAUAUUAGAUCUUUACGGCUCUCAUCAGAUAGAUUGAUGAGCUUAGGGUUAGUAAGAGGAGCCAAUGAGUGCAGGUUCAGUAUAACAACUAGAAUUCAGGGAACGUGCUGGUGCGCUUGUAAUAUAUAUUUGUAUAAGUGGUAUGAGAGAAUUGUCAUAUCUGAUAUUGAUGGCACGAUAACCAAAAGUGACGUGCUUGGCCAUGUCAUACCUGCUAUUGGUGGAACUUGGGCUCACUCUGGUGUAGCCGAACUCUACACUCAUAUAAAGAACAACGGGUAUAAGAUGGUUUACUUAUCGUCUAGAGCCAUUGGACAAAGUCAUACUACCAAGCAGUAUCUGAGGAGUGUAGCCCAAAACAGUAGGCAGUUACCCGAUGGCCCGGUUUUACUUUCUCCAACUAGUGUUCUGAUGGCUUUCCGCAGAGAAGUCAUUGAACGCAGACCAGAAGAAUUUAAAAUUGCAGCUCUGAGCGAUUUGAAGAAACUUUUCCCAGUACCACAACCGUAUUUUGCUGGUUUCGGGAACCGUGAAACUGAUGUAACGUCAUACAGAGCUGUAGGAAUUCCAGCUAAACGUAUUCUAAUCAUUGAUCCUACCGGAAAAGUCCGAAGGUCUGAUUCUGUUGGCUACGUGAGUAGUUACUUAUCGAUGGCGAAUGACACUGUUGACUAUUUGUUCCCUCCUCUUAACAAUAAGAUUCCAGUGGACAAUAUCGAAAUAGUAGAACAACAGGUUGCUCAAAACUGGCUCGCUCCCCUUGAACAUAGUACAUUUGAACAUUGGAAACAAGGUAAUACUGAUGAGAGUAUGAUCACAGAUGAGGAAAUGAAAGCCUAUGAAGCUAAGCGAAGCAAAAAUAAGAAGAUUUAA